AAUAAUUUUCAAUUAUAAAUGAAAUCGAUGAAAUUAAAGCUCUCCAAUUCCAACUUGUCUGUGUAUAAUGCCAAGGCUAAAAACACCAACAAAUCAUACUUUGUUGGAAUGAACGGAAUGAAACUAACUCUCAAUAUUGCCAAUUUGAAGAGAAAAGUUGCCGGUGGUGUCAGAAAGAAUGCGAAAAAGACCCAAAUAAGCAUGAAGAAAAGAGUAGUUCCAAUGAAAACCCAAAGCAAAUUUAGAAUGUUCUCUCCGAAGCCAACCAGAUCUAAUCUUGAGUUCCCAAAUAUCAACAUCAAUGAGAAAAUGAAAUCAAGAUUUAGAAAAGAGUGAAGAUCUCCAGUACAUUCAAAUCUCAGGGUCAGAGUUGUAAAAACCAAAGCUUCUCUAAAUAAGAAGAAGACUUAUCCAAGAUGCGAAGCAAGAGCACUUAACCAGAACAUUGAUAGCCCAAGUAAUACUCCUAGCUUUGGAGUUAGAAGAAGCAGAGCUUUCAGUCAUGAUGUGAUCCUUGAGAAUUCUUCAGUUUUAUCACAAGUUAAACAGAAUGAACCAAUAAGGUUCCUUGAUGAAUUCAUCAUCAAGGAGAAAGUAAACUCUGCAAAAAGAAAUAAAGGGUUUGUCUCUCCUGGAAAGCUCUGGCCCAAAGCUCAUAAGAUUCGCUCAAUUACAAAGUUUACUAGCCCAAGAGAUUAUGCUAAUGAAUUUUCUUUAAGGCGACAGAAAGAAUGAGGAGAGGUUGAUUUUAUCACUCUUGAGUGAAGGAAACGAAGUCAGGAAGAAGAUUUAAUCAAAGAGGACAGACAUCAUCUAUCCAAUUUGGACUUUGACCAUAACAAUAUUGCUCAAAAAUAUGACAAGAGUCAUAUUCAGAGCUGUGAUAUCUCUUUCAGAUAAGCCUUCUAAGCAUACAUUUACUUAAGAACUUUUCAAACUUCA